CGAGCCAGGCCUGGAGACGAGUGGUGCACGGGCCGCUGAGUCCCCGCCCGGGCUUCGGGCACGCCCACGGGCUCCGGUGCCCCGCCCCCAGCGUGUUCCCGGCGGCCCUUGCGCCGGCAGCCGCGAAGACUUCCGGAGCGAGGUGACGUCGCGAGCCUGGCGGACGCGCGGCUGUGGGCUCGAGGGCGGGGAAAGGCAACCACUGCCAGGCAGAGGCAGGCCCUCGGAGAGAAACCUAGGAAGACUCUGGACUGGCUGGAAGUACUAAAUUGAAAGGAAUUUCUGCCCACUGCUUCAAUCAAUCCAGAUGCCUUCUUCAACUUCAUCAGACCAAGGAGAUGACCUGGAGGCCUGCAUUUUAAGAUUUUCUGACCUGGAUUUAAAAGAUAGAAGUCUUAUUAAUUCCAGCAGUAGUCUCAAAGCAGAGUUAGAUAGCAGUACAAAGAAGAAAUACUCAUUUGCAAAGAAAAAGGCCUUUGCCCUUUUUGUCAAAACCAAACAAGUUCCUGCACCUCCAUAUGAAUGUAAAGAAAAAUGGUGGAAAUGCUGUCAGCAGCUAUUCAUGAACCAGACCAGCAUCCAUAGACAUGUGGCAACACAACAUGCUGAUGAAAUUUAUCACCAGACUGCUUUUAUUUUAAAGCAACUGGCUGCAACAUUGAGUACGUCAAAGAGUAUCACAUCUGUGGACAAAAAGAACCCUCUAAAAGAGUACCUUACUCAUAGCCACAAGGUGUCUGCUUGCCUCCCUGAUACAAGCUGCUUUAGCCCUGAUGAGCUGAAAAGUGACCUGGGCAGUGAAGAAGGGGAGGUGCUACUUUAUUACUGCUACUGUGACCUAGAGGAUCCCCAGUGGAUCUGUGCCUGGCAGACAGCUCUGUGUCAGCACUUGCACCUCACAGGCAAGAUUCGAAUUGCUACUGAAGGAAUCAAUGGGACAGUUGGUGGAAGCAAAUUGGCCACCAGACUCUAUGUAGAAGCCAUGCUUUCUUGUCCGUUAUUUAAGGAUUAUCUUUGUAAGGAAGAUUUUAAGACCAGCAGAGGAGGAGCUCACUGUUUUCCAGAAUUGCGUGUUGGUGUAUUUGAAGAAAUCGUGCCCAUGGGGAUCAGCCCCAAUAAGAUCUCCUACAAGAAGUCUGGAAUCCAUUUAUCCCCAGGUGAAUUUCAUAAAGAAGUAGAAAAGUUUUUAUCUCAGGCAGAUCAAAAACAAAGUGAUACUAUUCUACUGGACUGCAGAAACUUCUAUGAAAGCAAAAUAGGUCGAUUCCAGGGCUGCUUAGCCCCAGACAUCAGGAAAUUCAGUUAUUUUCCCAGCUAUGUUGACAAAAAUCUAGAACUCUUCAGAGAGAAGAGGGUGCUGAUGUACUGCACUGGGGGCAUCCGUUGUGAGCGUGGCUCCGCCUACCUGAAGGCCAAGGGAGUGUGUAAGGAAGUGUUCCAGCUCAAGGGUGGUAUCCACAAGUACCUGGAAGAGUUUCCCAAUGGUUUUUAUAAGGGGAAGUUGUUUGUUUUUGACGAGCGUUAUGCCCUGUGCUACAACAGUGACGUGUUAUCAGAAUGUUCAUACUGUGGAGCCCAGUGGGACCAGUAUAAACUCUGCUCCACUCCCCAGUGCCGCCAGCUUGUUUUGACCUGUCCUACGUGUCAAGGACAAGGAUUCACAGCCUGUUGUGUCACAUGUCAAGACAAAGGGGACAGACAGGCUUCAGGCCCUACACAGGACAGUUUUAAAGAGGAAUGUGAGUGCACAGCCCGACGGCCACGCAUCCCGAGGGAACCUUCACAGCAUGCGCAGCUCUCUGUGAACCCUGCACCAAAGCCCAGUGUUGGACAGGAUGGGCCUUUGCUUGUGUAAGUGGCGCCUUUAGCAUUCCCCAAGCCUUCUCAGAGUCAGUGGGCGCCAUGUAUAAGAGAACGUGAAGACUGCAGAAAAGGAAAUCAGGAACUUCAUUGUUGGUCAUUGCCAUCAUGGCAAACUGGUCACCAUGUUGACCACCUACACUUCACAGGGGGAGGGGAGAGAGAGUCAAGUUUUGAUCAAUUUCUGAAGCAUUCUAAUUCAGAAGAUGAUAGAGCAUGGUAAACUCUAUGGGAUCCCAAAGCUUUUGAGGGAUAGAGUCUUGAGCCUGGUGAUUGUGUCACUCAUGCCUUCUCUCUGCCGUGCCACAGGCUAUUAGUAGUCAUUGCCCUUGUCAGCAAACCUGUCCAUCCUGGUGCAAAUCUGUGAAUUGUGGCCCUCAAUAUGGAUUCCUAAACCAGGCCACUUAGGUCAUCUGCCACUUUCUCCUUCCCCUGCCUCUGUCUCUUCUCUGACUGCCUGAGAAGCUCUGUAUACUGGGAUUUGGCCCACCUCCUGCUUUUGUAAAAUUUAGUGGAAAGACCUACCCAUUUCUUCCCAUAGGAUGUAUGGCACAAUUGAGUAGUUUCAGCAGAGACCAUGUGGCCCACACAGUCUAAAAUACUUAUUGCCUGACCCUUUACAGGAAAGUUUACCAUCCCCUGGUCUAGAGCAGCUCGUCUGAUAGAGAUGCCCUUAAAGAUGUGGCCCACCUUCAUAUUUUACUGCUUUGGUUUCUGUAAGAGAUUUCUCCCUCACAGGCCUGUUCCCUUCAACACUUACUCUUCUAGCUUUUAGGCAUUCUCUGAGAGAUCCAAAGAAGCUCAGCAGCACUGUACUUUCUUAACAAGAUCAUUUGGCAAUACCACUGUGACUGUCCAGCUUUCUGGUCAGCAUGCCAGGCACUUGUCCCUGUCACAUUUGUCCCAAGAAACACAGAGCCACACAUUGACCAACAGAUUUAAUAUUACAUUGCAGUUUCCAGUGAUGCAGAAUGCAGCUGCAGUUGUGUUUCAAGGAGAAGCCGAGUGGGGAUGGCCAUCCCUGCAGCAUGGUGCCGCUCCUGGGCCCAUUCACAGCCCCAGUAGACACUCUUCAUAGUGGUGAGGCCUAGGCUCCACCGCUAGUUACCCUGUACUGUCCACAUCAUUACAGUUUAGUGCACAGAUUUUUCCUUCUUCAUCAGAAGCCUCCUAGUCUGUGUUCAUUAGCUUGUCCUUUAUCACAAGAUUUGCUGAAUCCCUAAUGAAAAUAACUCCCCAAAGCAACAAACAAAAAUACAAGUUUAACUGGCACUGUGGUAUGUUAAAAGGCACAAGGGCACUGUGGCUUAACUUUUUUGCCAACUCCCAAAGAUGCCAUGUUGUUAAAAAAGAGGGGCGGGGUCCAGUAGAAAUACCAAGAUUAUGUUUUAAGAAUAAUCAUCUUUGCAUAGCUUGGCCAGGAUUUCCCAGUUCUUUAAUAUCUAGGUUUUCUGCACUGUUGUCCUUCAGAGGCUUCAUUUCCAUGCAUGAGAGCAGCAGUGAUUUGUCUAAUAAGUGAUGAGACAGGUAGUUUAAGUCUGUAAGCUUGACCAUGAUAAACGUCAUAUCCACAGUAGACUGGAAAGUCACCCCUGUAGCAUUUGGCCUCACAUGAGCCAUUUGCCCACUAUUCUGUAUAGAAAGGUGUUUUCAAGUAUUUAGCCAUAAGUUUUCACAUCUGUCAUAAGGUUGGCCUUCGAUGAGGAAAAACUUAUUUCUGCUCCAGUGUUCAAUUGUACAUACAUCUCAAAUAUUCAUAAGUAACUCAGGAAUAUGUUUGUUGCCCAGGAGGGUUUUUGAAGCUUGAAAUUUCACCAUUGCCUGCCGCCCCGCCCCCCCCCCCCCCCGCCCCCCCCCAUAUCCAGCAAAAGGAAUUCAGUGUUCUUUGAUUCCUGGCAGAGCUCUGUGGCUUCAGUCUGUUUCUUAAGGGGAAUAUUGUGGCUCUGAUCCAGUAAUCAAUUGGGCAACUUUAAUCUUGAGGUUUUUAAAUUUUAAAGGAGAGUUAAUGGUGUUUAUCUGUUCUUUUUGCUAAAUAGCUAAGUUGAAAUUUGUAAUAAAGUAUUUUCUAAUACUUGCAAACCA